AUGAAACCGCCUCAGUCACCACCCUCCUUCACGACGACACCCUCCGCUCUCCUCGCCGAGACAUCCAUCAACAUCUCUUCCACAACCGCCCUCGAAGACAGCCUCGUCUCGACUCUCACACCCUCUACUGCCACCUUUUCUAACCUCCUCCUCCCCAUCUUGCAUCAUGACCACCAUGUCUCCAAGUCCGGCCUCAUCGCCCGUCUCUUCAGCUCCGUCUCCGAGGACAAAGACCUCCGCGACGCGUCCCGCAAGGUCGAAGAGAUGACCCUCAAAGCCAACGCCGAAGGCCUCAUGCGCAGAGACGUCGCAUCCCUCGUAAAAGCCGUAUACGAGAAACAUCAACGUGGUGAAGAAGCGUUAGACGAUGAGUCGGCGUACAUGCUCUUCAAGACACACCGUGCGUAUCAAAACACAGGCGCAGGCAUCCAGGAUGAAGCCCUCCGGGAAAAGUACAUGGCCGCUGUCGAAGAACGUAACCAAGUCCUCGUAGCAGCACGGAAAACCAUCAGCGAAUCCGAUGAGGGCAUCUACUUCACACGUGAUGAACUCGCCGGUGUCCCUUCCAACAUCCUGGAUGCCAUGGCCCUUAGUGAGGACGGCACAAAGCUCAAAGUCACAUUCAAAAAGGGCCAUCUCAUCUCGGUCAUGAAGCAUGCUAUUAGCCCUCGUACGCGCAAGGCUCUCCUCAUGGCAAAGGAGCAGCGCUUCCCCGAGAACGUGGCGCGACUCGAGAGAGCUGUAGAGCUACGCAACAGCACCGCGAGAAUGCUGGGCUUCAAGACACACGCCGCUCUUAAAAUGGAAGAUAAAAUGGCCAAGAGUGUCGAAAGCGUCAUCGCAAGACUCGAAAGACUAAGAACCGAGCUCAAACCACUAGCCGAAGAAGAAAUGAAGACACUCUACAAGAUUAAAAAGACGUACAUCAAUGACCACGGAACCGACGAAGACCCCGAAGAUGCUUCAAGACUCAACGCAUGGGACUGGGCCUUUUACGCGCGAAUCCUCGAAAAGGAGCGAUACUCUGUCGACUCGCUGCUCAUCUCCGAGUACUUCGAGGUCAACCACAGUCUCAAGGGCAUGCUCGGCAUCUUUGAGGAGUUGUUUGGCAUGGUCUUUAUCCCAACUGAUGCGCCGACGUGGCAGAAGGAUGUCACCGUUUAUGAAGCGUGGGACUCGGAGGAUCAGGGUGGAGGGUUCUUGGGAUAUCUAUAUCUUGACCUCUUUGCUCGAGAGGGUAAAUACUCUGGCGCCCACAGCUCCCUCAUCCAACCAGGCUUCACAACCCCCGAAAACACGCGCCACUACCCUUCCUCCUCCCUCGUAACAUCCCUCAUCCACACCCCCUCCCGUCCAACGCUCCUCAUGCACUCGGAGCUCAAGACAAUGUUCCACGAGCUUGGCCACGCCAUCCACAAGCUCGUGACGCGGACGGUGCACCAGCACGGCUGCGCCCGUGACUUUGUCGAGAUCCCCAGUAUUCUCCUCGAGAGCUGGAUUUGGGUUCCGUCCGUCCUGCGUCGCCUGGGCCGUCAUUAUAGCUACCUAGACGACGAGGGGCUGGCAUUCUGGGAGGGUCAGAAAGGUGAACGGGAGCGGCCGAGUGAGACGCUCCCGGAAAAGUUGGCGCUAGAUCUCGCGAGGACCAAGCAUGUCAAUGGCGCACAUGCGAUGCUACACCAAGUCUUUCUUGCGCUGUUUGAUCUUACCAUUCACAACGCCGAGGAGGGCCGUCCAGUGGACACCACCGAGCUCUGGAACAAGAGCAAGUCGGAAAUCAUGGGUCUAUGGAGAGAAGACAGCAUCGGCCAGGCUUCAUUUGCCCACCCAUUCAGAGGAUACGAUGCCGCAUACUUUACCUAUGCCCUGUCCAAAGUCUACGCCACAGAUCUCUGGGUCAGCGCAUUCAAAACAAACCCCAUGGACAAGGCUGCCGGUCUCAAGUACCGCCAGCUCGUCCUGCAACCUGGAGGCAGCCAACCAGAGCUCAAGAGUCUCACCAACUUUCUAGGACGUGAACCCAACGACGAGGCCUACUACUCCGAGAUCUCUAGUUCACCAGACACACAAGGCCUCAACACAACGCACCCAUUGGCGCUUCUGUAA